AUGGCUUCAUCCCUCAGACUGGGGAGCUCUGCUCUCCGCGCUUCCUUUGCUUCCAAUCCCGUUGUCCAGUCUGCGGCCUUCACUGGCUUGCGAUGCUAUUCCUCCACUAAAACAAAGUCCCUCAAAGAUACCUUCGCCGAUAAACUCCCGGCUGAGAUCGAGAAGGUCAAGAAGCUGAGAAAAGACUACGGAGACAAGGUCAUUGGUGAAGUUACCCUUGGCCAGGUAUACGGAGGUGCUCGGGGAAUCAAAUCCCUUGUUUGGGAGGGUUCUGUCCUUGAUCCCGAGGAGGGAAUUCGCUUUCGGGGCAAGACUAUUCCGGAAUGUCAGAAAUUGCUUCCAAAGGCUCCCGGGGGAGAGGAGCCUCUACCAGAAGGUCUUUUCUGGCUGCUCUUAACUGGUGAAGUCCCCAGCGAACAACAGGUCCGUGCCCUCUCUGCAGAUUGGGCCGCUCGCUCCGAUCUGCCAAAAUUCAUUGAGGAGCUGAUCGAUCGCUGCCCUUCCACUCUGCACCCUAUGGCCCAAUUCUCCCUCGCUAUCACCGCUCUCGAACACGAGUCCGUCUUCGCCAAGGCCUAUGCUAAAGGCAUCAACAAGAAAGAGUACUGGCAGUACACCUUCGAGGAUUCCAUGGACUUGAUAGCCAAACUGCCUACCAUCGCAGCCAAGAUCUACCGCAACGUAUUCAAGGAUGGAAAGGUUGCUCCAAUUCAGAAGGACAAGGAUUACGGCUUCAACUUGGCCAACCAGCUCGGCUAUGGUGAUAAUAAUGACUUUGUCGAGCUGAUGCGCUUGUACCUGACCAUCCACUCUGAUCACGAGGGUGGGAACGUCAGCGCACACACAACCCACUUGGUCGGAAGCGCAUUGAGCUCCCCCAUGCUCUCUCUUGCAGCGGGUCUCAACGGCCUCGCCGGUCCUCUCCACGGAUUAGCCAACCAAGAAGUCCUGACCUGGCUGAUGGAGAUGAAGAAAGUCAUCGGCAACGAUCUCAGCGACGAGGCCAUUAAGGGUUAUCUGUGGUCCACCCUGAACGCCGGGCAAGUUGUUCCAGGCUACGGCCACGCCGUCCUCCGCAAAACCGACCCACGCUACACCUGCCAGCGUGAGUUUGCUCUCCGCAAGCUUCCAGAUGAUCCCAUGUUCAAGCUGGUCAGCCAAGUUUACAAGAUCGCUCCUGGCGUUCUGACCGAGCACGGCAAGGUCAAAUCGCCAUAUCCCAACGUCGACAGCCACUCAGGCGUGCUCCUUCAAUACUACGGCUUAACAGAAGCCAAGUAUUACACCGUGUUGUUUGGUGUCUCGCGAGCCCUUGGUGUGCUCCCACAGCUGAUCAUUGACCGCGCCCUGGGAAUGCCCAUCGAACGACCCAAGAGCUUCAGCACCGAGUCAUAUGCCAAGCUUGUUGGCGCCCAACUGUAA